GUCUCCGGCCGACUGAGGGAAGAGCUCCGCCCCGUCUUCGACCGAAUGCUACGGAGGCGGAAGCGUCUCAACAACAGCUACAGCGAGGAAGCUGUCUCCGUCCUCGAAGUGAGCCAGGCUCUUGAGGAACUACAACUCGGCCCCCGCCAGCGGGAUGACCAGGCCAAGAUCUACGAGCUGCUGAAUGAAGUCAACGAGUUUGGCUUCCAGCCGUUGACCUUAGACUUCGAGUCCUUUGUGCGCUUCGUGCGCCAGGUGAAGGAGUGGCAGGCGAUGCGCCACCGCGCAGAGGAUCGUGGCUACGGCGCGAACCUGAACUUGGACGAGCGGCAAGUCGAUGAGUAUCGAGUCAUCUUCGACAUCAUCGAUGUCCACGGCAACGGAGAGCUUGAUCUGACUGGUGUGAAGCGGGCUUAUGGGCUCCUGCAGCAGAAGAGCCUUCCUUUCGAAGAGCUGCGAAGGUUCUUCGAGACGUUGGACCUCGACUCCAGCGGCUCCAUCAGUUUCCGUGAGUUCUUGCACAUGACCAACCUCGUUGCCAAGCAGCAUCGCUACCGAGCCGUGCCUGCGGGAAGCAGUAUUUUCUCGCCACGGCGCGGGUCGGCAGGUCGAGGUAUGUCGCCCUUCCUCUCACGACGGUCAAGUGAGAAUGCUUAG